CUGGUCUAAAUGAUGGAAAUCAGUAGUUACAAUUGACUGCUACCAAGAGGAGUUCAGAGGCAAGAGAGAGGCUAUUCAUGUGGCAGCUGUGCCUUGAGCCAAACCACAGAACAGAAAAUUGGAGCAGAAUUUAAAAAAUCAAGGUCAGAAAUUUCCUGUUCAGCCCACAGGGUGGAGUUUUCUCCAUUCCUAUCCAUCCUAGUGAAUAUAAACCCUGACUUGAUGUUGGUAACUUGAAGGAGUGGCAUAGGUAGGGUUCUGAUUUUAGCUCUCAGCAUCCACCAUGAAUCUCAAGGUAGUCCUGGUGUUUCUGGCACUGUCCCUCAUUACCAUCUUUACCCUGGCCUAUGUCUUGCUGACCCGCCAGGGUGGUUCCAGCCAGCCUCCCCACUGCCCCUCUGUAUCCCACAGUGCCCAGCCCUGGCCACACCCUGGCCAGAGCCAGCUGUUUGCAGACCUGAGCCGAGAGGAGCUGACGGCUGUGAUGAGCUUUCUGACCCAGCAGCUGGGGCCAGGCCUGGUGGAUGCUGCCCAGGCCCGCCCCUCGGACAACUGUGUCUUCUCAGUGGAGCUGCAGCUGCCCACCAAGGCUGUAGCCCUGGCCCAUCUGGACAGUGGGGGCCCCCCACCUGCCCGGGAGGCACUGGCCAUCGUCUUCUUUGGUGGACAAUCCCAGCCCAACGUGAGUGAGCUGGUGGUGGGGCCAUUGCCUCACCCCUCCUACGUGCGGGAUGUGACUGUGGAGCGCCAUGGGGGCCCCCUGCCCUAUCACCAACGUCCCCUACUGAAAACUGAGUUUGCCCAGAUGCGGAGGCAUUUGAAAGAGGUGGAACUACCCAAGGCACCCGUCUUCCUGGCUUCCGUCUUCAACUACAACGGCUCCACUUUGACAUUUCUGCACGCCUCCCCUUGUGGCUUGCGCUCAGGGGACCGAGCUACCUGGAUAGGCCUCUACCAUAACAUCUCAGGUGUUGGUAUUUUUCUUCACCCUGUGGGACUGGAGCUACUGCUGGACCACAGGGCUUUGGACCCUGCCCGCUGGGCUGUCCAGCAGGUCUUCUAUCUUGGGUACUAUUAUGCAGACUUGAGCCAAUUGGAAUGGGAGUUUAAGUCUGGCCGGCUGGAAGUGGUUAGAGUCCCUCUACCCCUACCAGAUGGGGCUUCAUCUCUGAGGUCCCGGAUCUCCCCAGGUCCUCUUCCCCCUCUUCAGUUCUCACCCCAGGGUUCCCAAUUCAGUGUACAAGGGAACCUGGUGGUAUCCUCUCUCUGGACGUUUACCUUUGGCCAUGGGGUGUUCAGUGGCAUGAGGAUUUUUGAUAUUCGGUUCAAGGGUGAGCGAGUGGCCUAUGAAGUCAGUGUCCAGGAGUGUCUGUCUGUCUAUGGUGCUGAUUCACCCAAGACAAUGGCGAUCCGAUAUUUGGAUAGCAGCUAUGGACUUGGCAGUAACAGCCGAGGCUUGGUGCGGGGAGUGGAUUGCCCCUAUCAAGCCACAAUGGUGGACAUCCACAUAUUAGUGGGCACAGGGGCAGUUCGGCUGCUCCCCGGGGCUGUGUGUGUAUUUGAGGAAGCCCAGGGACUACCCCUUCGAAGGCACCACAAUUACAUUGAGAGUCAUUUCUAUGGUGGCUUGGCCAGCUCAGCUCUUGUAGUCAGGUCUGUGUCAUCUGUGGGCAACUAUGACUACAUUUGGGACUUCGUGUUGCACCCAAAUGGGGCACUUGAAGGGCGGGUCCAUGCCACGGGCUAUAUCAACACAGCUUUCCUGAGUCGGGGAGAGGAGAGCCUCCUCUUUGGGAACCGCGUGGGGGAACGAGUGCUGGGGGCGGUGCACACGCACGCCUUCCACUUCAAGCUGGACCUGGAUGUGGCAGGACUGAAAAAUUGGGUGGUAGCUGAAGAUGUGGUGUUUAAACCUGUGGCAGCCCCCUGGAGUCCGGAACACAAGCUGCAGCGCCCACAGCUGACCCGGCAGGUCCUGGAAAAGGAGGACCUGGCAGCUUUUCCCUUGGGGAGCCCUCUUCCCCGCUACCUUUACCUGGCUAGCAACCAGACUAAUGCCUGGGGUCACCAGCGUGGGUACCGAAUCCAGAUCCACAGCCCCAUCGGCAUACACAUGCCUCUGGAAAGUGACAUGGAGAGGGCCCUCAGCUGGGGGAGAUACCAACUCGUGGUGACCCAGAGGAAGGAGGAGGAGUCUCAGAGCAGCAGCAUCUAUUACCAGAGUGACAUCUGGACACCCACUAUGGCCUUUGCUGACUUCAUCAACAAUGAAACCCUCUUAGGAGAGGAUCUGGUGGCUUGGGUUACAGCCAGCUUCCUGCACAUUCCCCAUGCUGAGGAUAUCCCCAACACAGUGACUCUGGGGAACAGAGUUGGCUUCUUGCUCCGACCCUAUAACUUCUUUGAUGAGGACCCAUCCAUCUUCUCUCCUGGCAACGUCUACUUUGAGAGGGGGCAGGAUGCUGGGCUCUGUAGUGUCAACCCUGUGGCCUGCAUCCCCCACCUAGCAGCCUGUGUCCCAGAUUUGCCCCCUUUCUCUUACCAAGGCUUCCAGCCCUGAGGGUGUGGUGGGACAUAUUGGGGGUUGGGGGACUGAGACACAUGCCUCUUCCUCUCUACUCCCACUCCUUGUUCCCUGUGUUUUUAUCACACCUGUUCCUUGGAGUUGCACCCUGUCAAUGUUCCUUAAGGAACAGCCUCUUCCCACGCUUAAAUCCCCACAAAUCGCCAUAUAUUCCUUUGGCUAAUUCUUAUUAUCUGUUCAUUUUUUAAAUGAUAAACUUAUUAAAGUGAUUUUAAAAUAUUCAAGCAAAAACACCACAAAUCCUACCACUCAGAUAUAGCUGAUGUUCAUAUUAUACCAGAUAUUUCUUUAUGCAUGUGCAUUCAAAAAGAAGAGUA